AUGCCAGAGCAUUCUGCAUUACAACGAGUUAAUCAGUUUGGUUUUCAAAACCAUUGUAUUGUUGCUUCUGUGGGGAAAGUGGAGGAUUGUGGUAAUUUUCAUGCUAUUGUUUCCGGUGAUGAAAAUUUUGGUGGUCUACCGGCUUUGAACUCAAACAUUCCAUACUUCAAUAACUUUAUAAAACCGAAUCAUCUAAUCGAUUUAGGAUAUAAGGGGCCUGCUUAUACAUGGACAAACGGAAGAGAUAUCGAGGGUUUAAUUCGUCAGCGUCUAGAUAGAGUUCUAGAAAAUCCAGAAUGGUGCACUGGCUUUCACAACGCGACAGUACUACAUCUACAUAGAAUGGAUGAGGAAGAGGAUAUUCAGUCGACGUUGAGAAAGCUUGGAUCUUUUCUAACUGAAUUGAAUCGUAGAAGGAUAGGUUGUGUCAAGCAUAAAAUAACUAUUCUGAAACCAAAAUUAUUAAUGAUACAAGCUUGGCGUCCAUCUUCAUCUAAUAUUCAAAAAGAAAAGCUGGUGGUUGCUGAACUUAAAAAAUAUCCUAUUAUGGAGGCAACAUAUUGGGAUCAGCGUAUGAAACGACAAUGGGCAAAGAGUGGUGAUCAGAAUACGCGAUACUUACACCUAUAUGUUCGAAAAAGACGUCGGACAAAAACCAUCAUUCAUCUUCUAAAGGAUGAUCAAACGUGGAUGUCAGAUCAAGGGGAAAUAUCACGUCAACUUACACAUCACUUCCAAACAUUAUUUCAAGAAACAACUUCGCCAGAUCCUCCUCAAUUCAUCAUUCAGGGUCAUGCAGUUUUUAACCUGGAUAAUGAUGUAUUAUGUAAUCAAGAUGGGUUCUUUCACUUCACCAGGACCGGAUGGUUAUUCUCCCAUGUUCUGCAAGAAGUGUUGGGAUACGGUUUGUAA